CGAAUUUUGUCUAACCUCUCCUGGAGUCCUGCCCUCUAUCGUUUGACUGACAACAGUGCCGCCCCCUUACAGUCUCCAUGCGCUGGCAUAUGCCCUUGUAUCUGUUAUUUUUUGCAUUCUCUGCGGCCGUCUAGUCUCAUAUCUGUCGGAAGGCUCUAAAUGGCUGGUUGAUCUUACCAGUAAAUCAAUACGCAGUGUCUUUCAUGUUCGCAUGGCCUGUAUUCUUUGACGCCGGCAUCUCAAUUGCUGUACAAAUUAUGCACCUCUUCUCACUUGGGCUCAGAAUGCUUUGCUCCGCCUGACGGUGGUUACAGUCUUUUUCGGUUGUUGUGAUAACACUGGUUUAUUCCGCUAGGAGCAAUCUUGCAGACCUCCGUCAGGGCCUGGAUGUCUACAGUCUCUGUCUGGUGUUCCAUAUGCGGCCUCUAUCCCGUGCUGGCAACGUAUAUUGGCAUGCCCUGUCUUGGGAGCGCGAGGCUCGUCUUCGACUUGCCGGCAGUUCCAGUCUCACUGUCUCUGCGCCGUCCUCGCUCCUCACUGCGUUCAUCUCACUUUUCCUACUCGAGCUCCAUCGCCGCCCCGACCCGUUGGCCGCCACGUCGCGCAUUCUCUAUCAUGGCGCACGUUUGUAACAACCUGUUUGACUACACGUCAGGGCGGUGGAUCAUCAACGAUGUCCUUCGCCACGGAGAGCGCAGACGUGUCUUCAACGUCGAUGGGCUACGUCGACUUGCAGCUCAGUCCGUCGAUCGGAGUCCUGAUGAUAUCAUCGACCUGAAAAAAACUCGCCGAGGGUGGGUUUAACCGUACCUUCCUCAUCACCAUGCGCGAUGGAUUCCAAAUGGUGGCGCGUAUCCCAUACCCGGCUACGAUUCCCAAGUACUUCACUAUCGCUAAUGAAGUGGCUACUAUGGCCUUACUCCGUUCCUCUGGGCUGCCUAUACCUGAGGUAUACGGAUACUCUCCUGCGCCGGACAACGCGGCAGGGACCGAGUAUAUCUUUAUGGAAUUCGUUGAAGGCACUAGCUUGAGCGACAUAUGGUUUGGUCUAGGGGAAGGGGACAUUAUUUCAAUCUCACGCCAACUUGCUGAACUCGAGUCGAAGAUGAUGUCGAUUGCUUUCCCGGCUGGCGGAAGCCUGUACUAUGCAAAAGACUUGGAGAAG